AGCCUCCGGCCCCGACCCGCGCCCAGCAGCCUCCCGGGCCCGCACCCGUACUGGAGGGAAGAGACGCCUCGGGGAGGAGGGAAAGGGAUCUGGGGGCGGCCACGGCAGGGUUAACCUCCAUUUCAGCUAAUCAUGGGAGAGAUUAAAGUCUCUCCUGAUUAUAACUGGUUUAGAAGUACAGUCCCCCUUAAAAAGAUUAUUGUGGAUGAUGACGAUAGCAAGGUCUGGUCGCUCUAUGAUGCAGGCCCCAGAAACAUCAGGUGUCCUCUCAUAUUCCUCCCUCCCGUCAGCGGAACUGCAGAUGUAUUUUUCCGGCAGAUUUUGGCUUUGACUGGAUGGGGUUACCGAGUUAUAGCUUUGCAGUAUCCAGUUUAUUGGGACCAUCUUGAAUUCUGUGAUGGAUUCAGAAAACUUUUAGACCAUUUACAGCUGGAUAAAGUUCAUCUCUUUGGGGCUUCUUUGGGAGGCUUUUUGGCCCAGAAGUUUGCUGAAUACACUCACAAAUCUCCCAGAGUCCACUCCCUCAUCCUCUGCAAUUCCUUCAGUGACACUUCUAUCUUUAACCAAACAUGGACCGCAAACAGCUUUUGGCUGAUGCCAUCAUUUAUGCUCAAAAAAAUAGUUUUAGGAAACUUUUCAUCUGGCCCAGUGGACCCUAUGAUGGCUGAUGCCAUUGAUUUCAUGGUGGACAGGCUGGAAAGUUUGGGUCAGAGUGAACUGGCUUCAAGACUUACCCUGAAUUGUCAAAAUUCCUACGUGGAACCUCAUAAAAUUCGGGACAUCCCUGUAACCAUUAUGGAUGUGUUUGACCAGAGUGCACUUUCAACUGAAGCUAAAGAAGAAAUGUACAAAUUGUAUCCUAAUGCCCGAAGGGCUCACCUUAAGACAGGAGGCAAUUUCCCAUACCUGUGCAGAAGUGCAGAGGUGAAUCUCUAUGUACAGAUUCAUUUGCUGCAAUUUCAUGGAACCAAAUAUGCAGCUAUUGACCCAUCGAUGGUCAGUGCCGAGGAACUCGAGGUGCAGAAAGCCAACAUUGGCAUCAGUCAGGAGGAGCAGUAGCUCUUAGUGAUGAGUGCUCCCAGCGUGUUCAAUCAGUGACGUCAGUGCCUGCCAGUCGGCCUGUCUCUUCGGUUCGUCAGGUUCACCGGUUAUCACUGUGUUUGGAACUAGGACUGAUUGUCAUCUUUGUGACAGGCGGCAGCUCUUCUAAGCCAGUGUAACUAUUCCCGCUUCAGUUUUUUUUUAGCUUUUGAACUUAAAGAAGUACUUUUGAAGUCUCCCAUUUUAAGAAUUGUGAAAAUUUUGCUACCAAAAGUCUUCACCACUAUGUUCUUAAGUGAAUGUUAAUUUCUGAGUCUUGGGAUUUUGUGGAUUUUUUUCCUUUCCUUUCUUCCUUUCUUUCUGUUAUUUGCUGUAAAUGCUGCACAUCUGCAUUGUGUAUCAGAAGGACAUUGGUUAUUUUUAUGCUUUCUUGGUUAUAACUUAUCAGAGUGCCAAGGCUGUCACCUACUGUUUGCUCUCCUGCAAAGCAACUGCUUCUAAUUUCCAGUUAAGCAAACUGUUUUCAGUUUUGGCCUGCUGUCUUUCUACCCAUUAGUCUUUGGAAUAAAAAUUCAAUUUCAA